AUGAUUCUGUAUAAGGUCGUUAAAUAUGUGCGUGGUUUGUGCCCGUUGGACAACAAGAUUGGUGAACCUGUUGAUCCGCAAUUGGAAGCUGAUUUUGUCAAGUGGGUUGAUUCAGGUCUUAGAAAGCAUAAAUCUAACACAACAACUAAUGUGUAUUGUAAGGGUAAGGACACUAUAUUUCCGCCAUUUCGUUUUGGUGUUGAGGACAUCAGCAACAAGAUGUGGUUUCACAACCUUGCCUACCCUAAUUGUUUCCUUACCAAUUCUCACAUUGACAUCAUUUUCUAUUAUCUUCGUAAGAAAAUAAUGUACUCAGCCGAGCCGAAAAUUAAAGUCACCACAACUGAUUGCCUCUUUUGUUCUAGCAUAACAACUUUGUAUGAGAGGUUUGUUGAGAAAAACAACGAUAUAUCGGUGUUGUCUCUUUCUCACAAUGUGGCCCAGUACAUUCAAGGUGGUAAGAUAUUAUGUGCCACUCCUUGGCAUUUGGUUGAUCAUGUUAUUAUGCCUAUCAAUGUAAAAUUACAGGAUCAUUGGAUUUGUGGUCGUCUUAACAUAGUUGACAGGCGCAUAUAUCUGUACAAUUCAUCGCGUUCGGAGGUCACAACUGAUUGUGGUGUUUUUGUUGCAUCAUUUGCCGAGUAUUUCAUUGAUGGCAAACCCAUCCCAUCCUCUGAUUUUGAUGUGGAAAUUCACCGCGAUCGUUUGGCUGCGUUAUUUUAUCAUUAUGGGAUGAAGAAGCAAACUGAGAACAUUGAAAGUGAAUCCGAGGCCCCUCCCAGCCUUCCCAAGAAGUGA